AUGAGUAACAGUGAUAAUAAUAAUAAUAAUAAUAAUAAUAAUAAUAAUAAUAAUAAUAAUAAUAACAACACAACAUCACAGUCAUCUUUAUCAUCAUCUCCAGCACUUACUUCUUCUUCACUUCAACAACAACAACCUCAACCUAUAAUCAAACCAAUUAUAAAGACAAGUUUAGUAAACUCACGAUUAGAGAUCAAUGAUGUUGUACUCAAAGAUACUUGUGUGUUGAGAAACUUUAAGUUAAUCUCUGUCGUCGAUUUCGAUGUACAGGUUAACUUGCGAACAGAUCUCUUGCAGAAUGUUAUUGCCUUUCAAUCGAGCAAUGAGAAUCUUCAAGACCACGAAUCAGAGGUAGCAGUACAAAACGAUGACUUUAAUCAACUCUUUAAUGAAGUCAACUUUAUAGAGUCGAUUAAACUCAAACCACAUGAAACAAAGAAUAUUGUCAUGUCAUUUAGACCAUCUUAUAUUGAAAAGAAUGAAGAAGAGAUAACAUCAUUUGCAAAUAAUCGUAAUGACAAAUUUAACAAUUAUUUUGAAAUGAAGGGAAAGAUAUACUUAUCAACUACACCAUUGGAUAUAAUAGAUGAACAACAACAACAAACUAUACAAUCAACAAUGCAAAAAGAUGUGGCAAUUGAUUUUUCUGCAAGAAUAUGUAGAUCAUUAUUAAAAGUAGAUGUAAAUGAAAUUAUAUUUGAUGAUUGUGUAGUUGGAGCAAGUUAUGUUAAAGAUAUAACUAUUUGGAAUCGAUCAGAGAUGCCAUUGAAAUUCUCAAUCUAUUGCAAGGAAAAGAUUAUGAAUCUAUUCGAGUUGACAGAUUAUGCAACAUCUCUACCACUUUCACCAGACAGUCAAAUCAUCCCAUCCUACUCAUCAAUGGGCAUUCGUCUCACUUACAAACCAAUCUCAAUCGGUCAAUCAACCUAUAAAAUGAAGAUUGAAAAUAGAAAUAAUAAUUCAAAUUAUGAACUCAUCGUCAUUCAUUCUUCUGUUUCUGCUGAACAACAAGUUGAAUUAAUUCAAGUUAGUAAUAAUUCAUUGGAUUUGGGUGAUUGUUUUAGUGAUAUGCCAACAUAUGGUACAUUCACUGUAAAGAAUAUGUCAGAAGAGACGAUUGAUAUCAAUUUCAGCAGUGAUUUGGUGGGUGAGCAGGUGACGUUUCAUUUAAAGGAGGACGAUGAUUCGUCGGGCAAUAGAAAGAAGCCGGAUGGAUCGUCAACACUGGCGAUUGGCGAGCAUAGGGAUGGCGACGGCACGUUGUUACAGGGCAAGGGUGGAGAGACGGUCGGUAGCAGCCACAAGGAGAAAGAGCAGUCGAUCGAGGAGCUGACGCUCAACCCUGGUGCAGAGCGUGUCAUUCAGAUUCGGUACUGUCCAUCUGCAGUGUUUCCAGGUGUUGAUAGUCGCUCGCACAGACUAUCACCCAAAAACUUUAGAGUGUUGAUAAAUAAUCCACACAAUGACCAGUACCUCGAAGUACGUGCUAAUAAUGCAGACGAGCAGAGUGUGUCGAUCCACAGUCGCUACUAUCAUCUCGAGACACCCUUCUCACGAAACUACAUCGACUUUGACGAAGUCAUUGUCAACCGUCCUUCACUGCGUACAUUCAACAUAAAGAAUACGAGCAAGGGUAAUCUGGCGCUACAACUCAACACGUCGCUGCCAGAGGAGAUUCGGCUGUACCGACAAAACACGUGGACUGACUUGUCGUCACUCGCCAGCACCAUCCAGUCGUACCAGCAACAGCUCGGUCGUCAACACCUCAUCCACGAGUACAUCAACAAGUUUUUCGAAGGUGAAGAUAUCGAACCGAUCGGCAAGUUGUCAUCUCGAAAGAUUCAAUCGUCCAAUAGUCAGUACCUCGAUCUCGCCGUCUCUGGUAGCAAAGCAUCUGCCAAGGACAAAUCUUCUUCUUCUUCAGCUUCUAUCCAACAAUCAAACGAUACUAGUGGUAGUGGUAGUAAAACACCAUCCAUCUCUAGUUCUACAAGUGGAACUUCUUCAAACACUCAACAAUCCACAUCAUCAACAAAUACAUCAUCCUCAUCAACCAAUAAUAAUAAUGUAAAUAGUAAAGAGACAUCUUCAUCAUCAUCAUCAUCUUCUUCUUCACAUACUCCAAAUGUAAUUGUUGGUACAAAUAACAAUAACAAUAAUAAUAAUAAGAAAAAGAGUGUUGGUGACAAUUCAACCAAUAAUUCUAGAACCAAUUCAAGAGCAAGUUCACCAACACUUGAACUUGAAAGAGGAUUGGCAGGAUUAAGAGAGAGUAACGAUCUAAUGGAAGAUAGUGAUUUGGAUGGUGGUGGUAACAAUAGUGGUAGAGGUAUAUAUAAUGGCGACAAUAUCACCCUUUCACAAUUGGUACAGUCAUUUGAAGACAAUGAUUUGCCAUUGUUUACAGACUAUGAAAGUGAAACAAGUUAUAUCACCUCUCAAAUUGAAAAAUACAAACAACUCGAAGUAUUGAUUCAAUCGAGUCAAUUGGUUCAAGCAAAUACUAUUGAAUUGGCCAAAGAUGAAGAAAUCACAAUCUACAUUGUAUUUGUUGUCAAUCAAUCCAAGAGACCUUGGUUGGGUGGUAAAUUGAAAAACAUGGAAGCUAAAUUAUUCUUGUCCUUACAAAAAUUGGAUGAAAAUGAUAUUUCAAAUAAUCCAAGUCGUGAAUUAAAUAUUAGUACCAAAGUUUGUAAAUCAAUUAUGGAUUUGGCACAAAGAAAUAUUAAUUUUGGAAAUAUUGUACAAUAUGAUUAUCGUGCCAAAACAUUGGUUAUUAAUAAUUUAACUCAAGUACCAUUGAUUUAUAGAAUUAAAAAAUCUGGUUCUAUUACAUCUGGUAAUUUAAAUAUUGUAAAUGCUGAUAGAAUGGGUAUUAUUAGACCAUUUAGAAAAAGAGAAGUACAAUUUGUAUUUAAACCAACAUUUUCAGGAAUAUUUGAUGAGAAAUUGAUUAUUGAAAAUAUUUAUGAUAAUGCCAAUAAUCAAAUUGUUCACAUCAAGGCAAAUGUAAAGAAACCAAGACAUUUCUUCCUCAAUACAUUGGAUGUUGAUUUUGGUGUUGUCAUGAUCAAAGGAAAGUCACCAACCAAACGUAUCACCCUUACAAAUACAAGUAAUCAAAAGAGAACAUUUAAAAUUAUUGAUGAUACUCCAAGUUCAUUUGAUAGUUGCUUGAAUAAAUUAUUUUUCAAGUUGGAAGAGAAAUUGGCAUUAAGUAUUUCGAAAGAGACUGAAGUAGAGAUUGAUUUAUUGGAAAGAAAAUUAAAGAUUUGUAGACGUAAAGGACAACAUGAAAAGGCAUUAAAGAUCAACAUGCAAAUUGAAAAGUUGAGAAAUGUUGGAACCAAUACAUCGAUCCCUGUUAGUCGUGCUACAUCUCCUUCAACCGAUAUGAUGAUGGAUAAUGCUGAAUCCAAGUCAUUGGAUCAAGAGGGUGGUGAAGAUAACAAUUCUUCUUCUUCGUUCACCGUUGUAGAGGUUGCCGAGACUGCUACGGUUGUAUCACCACAAAAACCAAACUACAAGAUUGGAGACAACUCUAUUACAUUUGAAGUAGAAGGUGGUGGCAUUCAAAAUGUACUAGUCUACUUUUCACCCAUUCCCAAACCAGGAAGAAGACAAUGGUACGGAAAGGAGGAGGGAGGUGGAUCGAUCCUUGUCUACGAGUCCAAGAAUAUCGAUGUUACCAAAAAGAUCAAUUACACAUCGACUAUUUGUUUCGACGAAGAGACAUAUAGACAAAAUAUGAUGAAUACUUCAUUGUCUGAUGCAUUUUCUGGUCAGUCUGGUAUACCAUCAUUGUUGUCGAUAAAGUCACCUUCACCAAAGUCAUUGGCAUCACCUUCGUCGCCAGUCACUGGUAUCUCUACUACCACCACCACCACUACUACUCAAUUGGGUAGUUCCAAUUCAUCGGCAUUCUCAAUAUCAAAUAGUAGUUCUAUUGGUGUUUUACGUCCUCUUGCAGUUAAACCAUCUGCCUCUACUUCUACUUCUACUACUAGUACUACAACAACUACUGCUUCUGCUGCAACACAACAAACUAUAUUAACAGCAUCACCACCAAAACUUGAAAUGGGUGAAGUUAGAGUAUACGAGGAUAUUCCAUUUAGAUUUACAUUGACAAAUCAUACAGGAUACAAAGUUCCAUUUGAAUUAUCAAUCAUCAAUAAUCAACCUUCCAACUCGCAACAACCAGGUACAAACAAAUCAUUGUUGCUCAAGGACAAGAAUGGUGUGAUCGAUCCAUAUGGUAGAAAGACGGUUGAAGUCAUUUGCCAACCUCAGGUACCAGGUCGCCAGACCCACACCAUUUCCAUCAAGAGUCCAGCUCAUCCACAAUAUGAAGGAACAUUCACAGUCUCUUUGGCUCCACGUCCACCUCAAUAUGUUUUAUUCCCAGAUUUACCAUCAUCUCAAACUAUUGAAUUUGGUGAUUGUUACUAUGACAAAUCUAAAAAGUUUUCGAAAAAUUCAUCAUUUAGAUUAGAUAAUCUUUCAAACAAAUCACUUUAUAUUUCAAUGAAAUCAAAUUUAUCAAUGCAAAUAUUUGUUUAUCAAGAUGAGAAAUUUACAAAACCAGCAGAUAAUAUCUUUUUAAAGGGAUAUGAAAAGACAAAAGUUUGGAUUUGUUUACAACCAAGUAUGACAUCUGAGAAUUAUGUAGAUGGACAAUGUAGAGAAUUGGUUGGUGGUAUUCGUAUCAAGGUUCAAGAUACAGAUUAUAACUUGCUCUAUGAAAACUCGAUCAAGUUUACUGCAACUGUUGGCAAGAGUAUUUUACGUGUCGGAAAGACACUGAUUGACUUGGGAUCAACUAGAAGUGCAGGAGAUGUGAUUGGUGGAUCGUUUGGUAUUGCUAAUCUGACCACUUUGCUUCCUCUCAACUACACACUCACUCCAUCCAAGAAUAUCAAGUUGACCAAGACAAUGGGACGUUUGGAAGGAUCCGAAGUGCAACAUUCACUCUCCAAGGAAAAGAUAUCGUUUUCUUUGCAUACCUCUGUCUAUGGAUUGUACGAGGAAAAGAUUACUAUCCACAACCAAAGCUGUACCGGUCAGAAACUCGAUGUCAUUGUUCGUCUGCUAGUCGAUGACAGCUCGUUGCUCACCAACUUGCCACUCAACUCAAAUUCAUGUGAUUUCCUUAAAUUUGACGAUAUCUAUGUGGCACCGGCACGUGAUGCCAACUUGGUUGACAAGAAAUCUACUGGUUUUGCCAUUGCCACGUAUAUGGGGUCAGACGAGGUACUUAAACAACAAAAAAUCACGCCAUUCACCAUGCGUAACUUUUUAAAGUAUGAUAUCCGUAUCUACCCCAAGUCCAACAUCAACAUUUAUCUCUUUUUGCACGAUCCACAACCUGACGAACUCAAGGGAUGCACUUUGACCAACGACAAGAGAAAGUCGAUGCGUCUGUGUGGCAAGCCAUUUGUCUUGACCAACGACCAAAAGAUACUCGUCUAUCCAGUACCACCUGACCCCGAGUCGGCACUCACCCCCAAAAAGAAAUCGUUGCUUUGGAAGGGUCGCAAGGUUCAGUUUAUGGGAACUCUUGUGUUUGAACGUUCCGAUUCGACACACUACCCAAUCGGUCCAGGCGAGGGCAAGACACACAUCUCCAAGCUCGUCAGUAUUUCAGGCUCGUUCUGUAUGUCAUUUGGUCGUCUCCUAACUCCAGAAUUGGUUGAUAUUGGUAGAAUCGGUUAUGAAAACUCUUGGAAAGAGGUCUAUAUCAACAUUGAUAUUCAAAACUCUAGUGAAAUCCCUCUCUAUUUGAAAUCUCUUCCACUUCCAUCAAAGUCUAUGAGAUUCCUUUUAACUAAACCAACAACUAAUAAUAAUACCAACAACAACAACAACAACAACACUGCUACGACCACCACUUCUACUACCUCUACUACUACUACUACUACGACUAUAAGUAUGAGUACUGGUACAAGUAACACUACUAGUUCAUCACAACUUGGUGAAUUUGAGGAAUUCCAAAUUCCAUCAUUAGAAUCAAAACAAAUUGUAUUGGCAAUUGAUCCAAGAUUGAUUGAAAAAACAACGGCUGGACCAAUAUCAUUGUCUGUUGGAUUUGACAAUUUGUACAAUCCAUUGAACAAGUUACUAGUCAAUGUUAAUUUAUUCCACACUUUACGUGUUCUUGGAUUUGGUAGAUUAAAGGAUAAUAAUGAAUUUGUUAUUCCUACCAUUUACCAUCCUCCAUUGGUUGGAGCAUCGUCUCAGUCGGAUGAUUGGUUUACCAUUGAAAACACAUCGACCAAGUCACUCAAGAUCAAUGUAGAUAUUGAAUUGUUGCCACAUAUUGCCGAUUUGAUCACUGCCGAGAUUGUACACAAAUCAUCCAAUACACCAAUUCCAAGUUUCCAAAUGCGUGCUGGUGAAGUACUCGAAGUAAGAUUGCGUGCCAAACCUAGACUCGACCGACGUAUGGAAGCACCAAUUGAGGAGAUGACCCUUUUCGGUAGAAUGACCAUUGCUGCCAACAACUACCCACUCGAAGUCGUUCCACUUAGAGGUACCAUCCUCCCAGGCCAAACAUUCUCCCUCUCAACACAGAGAAUGAAUCUUCACGCCAUGUCACGUAUUUCAAGAGGUGAUCACGGCGACGAAGAGCAACGUUUGCAAAGCUUGACAGACUAUUUUAAGAUUCGUAAUCUCUACUCUCACUUUCCACUAAAGUAUCGUGUAGAAGCUGUAUUCAAGAGUGAUGUAACGACGUUCCCAAGCAAAGAGGUUAUUAAAAUCGAGCCAGAAGAAGGAGAGAUUCCACCAAACGAAACUGGAUCGGUCAAUGUCAUUGUUGAUCUACCACCAAACGAUGAUAUUCCUCAAAAUAGUACCUUCCAAGUAUUGAUCACUUCUCUCGACUCUUUUAACAAGGAAUCACAAAAGAUGAUGGUUAAUAUUUUAGCAGGUAACAAACCAAUGUCAACAACUUCCUCUCCAUCUACAACCCCUCUCCCAACACAACAACAAAAUAUAUCUUCAUCUUCAUCAAAUAGUGUUAGUGAAAUCAUUCAACCAACACAAGAAGUAAAGGAUAAGACUGUGAGUGAUGUCAAACAACAACAACCAAUACAAACAGUUGAAAAGGUUUCAACUUCUACUUCUACUACUGCUACAGCUGCUACCACGACAAUUUCUACAACACCGGUAAUUGAAAAGACACCAACAGUUCAACAACCUCUUACAACAACUCAAACUGUUCAACCUACUGCUACUCAAUUAGAUAGAGAAUCAAUUAUAACAAGUGGAUCAAAUACAAUUCAACAAGUUGGUACACCACCAAUUAUAGUUGGAGAACCAAAGAUAUCAUUAAAGGGAUGUACACCAAUUCCAAAGGCAAAGAAUAGUUAUGAGAUUAAUUUGAAUCAACAGGAAUUCUCAUCUGGAAAUGUUCAAUGGGAAUUGACAUUGGAAAACAGUUCAAACCGUUCUUCACAAUACCUUAUGUAUACUACCAAACAAACCGAUGAAUCGUGGCUCAGUAUGAGUAGAAAUAGUGGAAAGAUUGAAGCACAUGGAAGACACACUAUUACACUCAUCUUUUCAACCAAAAAGAUGGAUAUGUAUUCAACCUAUCUCAUCAUUGAAAACAAGAAUAAUCCAAGUGACAUGAAAUCGAUUCAUAUACAAAUGGAGGUUGUCGCCAAACAAAACACUCAUUUCACAGUAUGGGUCGAUGGAAGAAACACAAGUACUCCUUCUAUUGAUUUGGGUGAUGUGUUUUACAAUUGCACAUACACUGAUCGUUCGUUUAUCGUUUCAAACACCUCUUCAAUGCCUCUGGACUUUGUGAUCACCACUUCGUUGCUUCCAUUCGAUCCGACCGAGGUCUGCUUCUCGCUGUCGCGUUCCUAUCUGCGCUCGUUCAACUCGCUCUAUGUCGAUGCCAACUCGCAAGUCAAGGUGUUUAUCUUUUUCCAUCCGUCGUCGCCAUCGGGCAACAACCUCAACAUCACUCCCGACAUUCAAGACGCAUUUUCACAAAAGGAAAUCAAGAUAUUUGUAAACUGUAGAUUGAUUCGUGACUAUCAACAUGUCAUCACGUUGAAUGCUACUUGCAGAUACCCACAGAUCCGUCUCUCCGAAUACAACACUGUCUUUAUCGGUCGUGCUUUUACUCCAAGUUCCAACAACCCACCACAACAAAUCAAGUCAGAAGAAGAAGCUGCUGCUCUACAACAAUCAGGAAGCAAUAAUAUCGUUGCAUUAAAAGAUAGAAGUGAACUAAAGAAAUCUUAUGAAGCUCCAAGUGGUAGUAGUAGUACAAGUGGAGGAUCAACUGGAGGAAGUGGAAAUAAUACGCCACCAUUGACUGUAACUACCUCAACAACCACCACACAACAAAAGGGUGGUUCAUCUAAAAAGAUUGAUGUUGAAUUUACAACCAAUGAUAGCCGUGAAGUUGUAUUGUACAAUAACUUUAUCGGUGGUAAACCACUAGACUUUUGUGUAAAGUCUGGCACAACCUUUUUCCUUAUUGAAAGCGUCGAAUGUGGACGUAUUGAAUCAGAUGGAACUAGUUCGAGUCGUAUCCUAGUACAACCAAACACAACAGCCAUCUUGGAAAAUAUUAAUAUGUUGAUCAAGGAAAAAUACCUCGAAGAACAUAUUAUCGUUUACAACAAGAAUAGAUUGUCAGAGAAAUACAUUGUAUCGCUUCGAAUCACAAUUGGAAAUCUAACAGCCUUUUCCUCGUCGUCUGGUAUCAAGGGAGGUUACCAUUACCGAAAUUUGGAAUACCGUAUCACCAAAUUCAACAAAAAGUUUAAAAAGUUUUGGUACAAGAUCCAACAACAACACCAACAACUAUUGACAAGUUCUUCUUCAUUGUCUCCUACUACAAGAGUUGAACAAAAUCCAAGUUCAUUGCAAACAACACAAGAUCUAGUCUCUCAAUCCUCUUCAUCAUUGUCCAAUACAACUGUUUCUUCUCCAGUGGCCACCUCAACCUCUGGUGAUAAUAUCAUCAUUACUAGUGUUGACACCAACAUUGAUGGAGGAGAUUCAAGAGUUCAAAUCGAGAAAUUAAAGGAUUUGAUUGAAAUGGGAAGCAAGAAUGAAAAAUAUCACACAUUGUUAUUUGAUCUUCAUCAUGUAACCAAUGAAUUAAUUCUUUUUGGUUUGAAAAAACAAGUUGGUCAAUUAACUUCAAAUUUAGCUAGUUUAUUUUAUUGUAAUUUAUUAAAACAAAAUAUAUUUAGAAUUACUGUAUCACCUAUAAGAAUAGAAGAAUUAAGAUCAACUUCUAUGUUUUCAGCUUGUAUUCACAGUCUAAAUGAAUUCCUUAGUUAUAUUCCAGAAAAGAGAGAAGAUUUGGCUGAAUUAAGAAAUCUUCAAGACCUUUUCAACAAAAAACCAUCACCAAAGGAAAGUGAUGAUGAAGAUGACGAUCAAGAUAAUAAUAAUUCAUUUAAAAAGAAAAGAUCUUAA